AUGGAUGUGCCAUUGCCUCGAGCAGCCUCAAGAGACUUGACUAGUUUUUUGAUCUUCCACAUUUCUAUGCUUCUGUCUGAAUCAUCCAUGCAGGCACUUGAAGAUGAAUUGCUGGAGGAAGCACCUGUAGAGCUGGACGGCCCACCAAGAAUGGAUGAUGACAUAACAGCGCACAAAAAAUUUCUGCAAAAUUUCUGCAAAAAGUCUAAAUUAAAACAUUAA